AUGAGCUGCAUCAGAGCCCUUGGCGCGGCUUCGGCCCUCAUAUCUCUUAUUUCUGCUGUCCCGGUUGAGCUCAAGAAGGGCGGUGCGGCUUUCAGGCUCGAUCAGACGGUACAAAAGCCAUUCAUCCUGUCUGGUCCAUCUGCCUUGGCCAAAACCUACGCCAAAUACGGCAAGGCGGUACCCGCUGUCAUCGCCGCCGCCGCUGCAAACAAUGAUGGUACUGUGACCGCCAGUCCGGAGGAAUACGAUGCUGAGUAUCUGUGUCCUGUGACUAUUGGUGGAACGACUUUGAACCUGGACUUUGACACUGGGUCAUCUGACUUAUGGGUGUUCUCAACCGAGCUUCCCACAAACGAGCAGAGUGGCCACACUCUCUACAAUCCUUCCACAUCCGGAAAAUUAGACAGUGGAGAGACGUGGAGCAUUUCUUAUGGCGAUGGAAGCAGCGCAUCAGGCAACGUUUACAUCGAUAAAGUCGUGGUUGGUGGUACCACCGUGACCAGCCAGGCUGUCGAGGCAGCGGAAACAAUCAGCGCAGAAUUCCAAUCCGAUGCCGCAAGCGACGGGCUACUUGGCCUUGCAUUCGAUAGCAUCAAUACAGCGAGCCCAAACCAGGUGGCGACAUUCUUCGAAAACGCCAUACCCACUCUUGCUUCUCCUCUCUUCACUGCAAAUCUGAAGAAAGGUAACCCGGGCAAUUACAACUUUGGCUACAUUGAUUCCUCCGAACACACGGGCAGCAUCACUUACGUCCCUGUAAACACCGCCAAUGGAUUCUGGGAAUUCACCGGAAACGGCUAUGCUGUCGGCUCUGGAACGUUCGUCUCGUCGUCGAUUGACGCCAUCGCCGACACGGGUACCACGCUUCUGUAUCUCCCAGCCGCAGCUGUCAAGGCCUACUACGCCAAGGUCUCCGGUGCCACCAACAGUGCAUCCCAAGGAGGUUAUAUCUUCCCGUGCUCUGCUACUCUACCAAGCAUUACGCUUGGCAUCGGAAGCUACAGAGCCGUUGUUCCAGGAACUUACAUCAACUAUGCCCCAGCAACUGGCAGCCAGUGCUUCGGUGGUAUUCAAUCAAAUGCCGGCAUUGGCUUCUCUAUCUACGGUGACAUCUUCCUCAAGUCGCAGUUCGUAGUGUUCAACGGUGCCAGCACGCCCGAAAUCGGAUUCGCCGCCAAGUCAACUUGA